CGAGACAUCGCGACAACUUCAGCUUCAGCUUUACGGCAGUGCUGUACGUGAGCACGCGCAAACGCGGCGCUUCGUUGCAUCUUUCUCCCCGAAUCAGUACUUGAACGCAACGCUCAGAAGCCUCGACACCGGACGUCCACGACUGCUUGCUUGCCGGGGGAAAAGCAAGCACUUGUUAAAUCUUCGCGUGCGGACGUUCAAGCUUCUCAAGCGAGCGGAAGUUUAGCUUAGUUUAGCUUAGCUCAGUUUAGCUUAGCUUGCUCGAAGCCAACAAAGUGACGCCGUUGUAAGCGACGCGUCGCUCAGCAGACAAAAAUGUGUGAAAAAAGCGUGAAGAACGAAGAGUGCGCGGAUGAAAUUUGUCGGACGAAAGUGAGCGAACGGCAACGACUGGGCGCCGUUUGCAAGCUGCAACCUCCAAACUCGUUACACGCAGCAGAUCUUGGUCCUGAGCAGCAGGAGCCAAAGCACCCCCACAUCAAAGAGGAAGAUGCCCAAGAGCUGCCCUACGUUAAAGAGCACGAGGAUGAAAUCACAAAGUUUCCAUCGCCUGCUGUCACUGUGAAGAGCGAAGACGUUAAUGGAGCCCACUGCGCUGGACCCCAAGUCGACGGCCUCUUAGCUCCGCUCUCGGAUAGUGACGACAUAACGUCGCACUCUUCUGACAAUGAUGCGGAUGAACAUUCUACAGCUCCCUCCGCAGUGUCCCGUGUUCCGGGGGCCGAGCAGAAUGAAGACGACGCGGGGGUCGGUGGAAGCAGCGAGGUGACGGCGGACGGCAGCGGGGAUGUAACCGACCGGCGGCCGGCCGGCCGAAGACGAGUUAGACGGCGGGGGAACUGGCAGCGGGUGAACGCUCCGUUCCUGGAUCUCCAGCGAGGUGGGUUUGAGAUGCUGGAGCAGGAGCUCGGCACACUCAAUACCCACCUCCGGAGCCUCCAGAGCGACGUUCUCCCGCUGCUUACGUCCAUCAACGGCACCCUCCAACAGAUCGCUGAUGCAGCAGAGCAGCUGGCUCCGCGGCCGGCGCAGAACCCGCUCCAGCCCAGGCGGUCUCUGCGAAGAAGACGGGGGCAGAGAGUGGCGAGUGGAAAAGGGGGCGGGGGGAGUCGUGGAACUAAUUGCUGAUGAAUAAACACAAUUACUUUUGUCCUCACGUGUUGACGCCGCAUUCAUGAAACCAGAUUCCAGAUUCUAAAGAUGGAAAACCGCCCUAACCGCCUUCACUUUUACAGCCACCGGGCGAGCGAAGGGAAGCUGUGUGGUGCACGGGGUCAUUGGUCACUAUGCGACAGAUGAGUUGCGUCACAUCCCUGGACACGUGCAGCCCAGUUCUGUGACAGUUGAAGAGGGGAGAUGAAGCGAUUGGUAUAAUUAAACGUAUGACGCUCAGACAAUUUUUCUCUUGCCCACAGCUUUUAUAUCACAGCGUCAUGCAAAUUUGUCACUCGUGUCCACUCUUGCCAACCCAAUCAAGCCAAUAUUCACCUGCUCGCCCACGUCGCAACGAGUGUGCGACAUGUACCGGAGAAAAAGGGGGAAAUCAUUUAGAUGAACCUGUAUUUUAUAUUUUAUUAAAUCGUGAUACAUUCUGCUGCUCAGACUGGGAGCCGUCCAAUUCAGGGGUUUGGAAAGUACCCAACACUUUAUUGAACUCAUUCACUGCCAGCCUCCCCAUUUAACAUGGAUGUUUGACUUCUAAAGCCGUCAAUGGCAAUGAACGUGUUAAUAAUGUGCCCCGCCGAGCAUUGACAAUAUCAAGACUCACAAAUAUUUGUUCAUGUAGCCAAUUCUCCUAAAAUAGGUUCAUUAAAUAUAUUUUCAUUUUA